CUAUGUAUGUGUUCAUUGUGAUUGUAUAAUAUUUUGGGUGAUCGCUUCAGUUGGCAAUCUUAAAAAUGAGAGUUGUUGGCAUUCUGCACAAUACCUCUAAAAGAAUUAUGAUUCACCGUAGGAAUGUCGCAUUUUGCAGCAGAUUGCUUGGAAAACUAGAUCAUGAAGACAUGAAUGAAAUGCAAAAAACAAAAAUGACAUUCGGAUCGCAGGAACAGUCUGAUAUGCGACCUUUCACACCUACAAAUAUAGUUGGAGGUGGAUUCAAAUUUCAUGAUCGCAUCAUCAUGGGUUCAAUUGCACUUCUUCCCAGAACAGUGCUCAAAUGGAAUAUAUCCAAUGUUGAAGACAUCAAUGAAGCCGCGUUUUCAAUUUUUAACGUCAUUUAUCCCCCGAUAGACCUCAUCAUAGUGGGGACUGGUGCAAAAGUCGAGAGGCUAAACCCAGUCGUUAUGUCAGCUGUUCGGCAGAGGGGAGUACAUCUGGAAAUACAGGACACUAAAAAUGCUUGUGGUACAUAUAAUCUAUUGAUAGGGGAGAGACCAGGAACUGUUGGUGCUGUAUUGUUACCUGUGCCCGAGUACGAUAUUGUAAAAUUACCACCUAAUACAGAAAAACGAAAACGAUUGCCAUCAGAUAAGUUUUAAUAACACCCACAUUAUAAAGCAUAUAUGAGAAAACCAUGCACCAUAAUCUUGCGAUGAAUACAUUUACUAUUGAUA